AUGGAUGAAGAAAGAGAGAUGGCUAAGAGUGUCAAGAGAGGGAGGAAUAAAGGUGGACACACUUUUUUCUUUCUUUCUUUCUUUCUUUCUUUCUUUCUUUCUUUCUUUCUUUCUUUCUUUCUUUCUUACCCCCCUUUAUUCUUUCUUUCUUUCUUUUUUCUUUCUUUCUUUUUCACCAUAUUUAUUCUUUCUUUCUUUCUUUCUUUACUUUUUCUUUAUUUAUAUAGUCUUUUCUUUCUUUCUUUCUUUCUUUCUUUCUUUCAUUCUUUCUUUCUUCUCACCUCCCUUUAUUCUUUCUUUCUUUCUUUCUUCUUUAUUUAUAUAUUCUUUUCUUUCUUUUUUCUUUCUUUCUUUCUUUCUUUCUUCUCACCUCCUUUAUUCUUUUUUUUCUUUUUUUUAUUUAUAUAUUCUUUCUUUCUUUCUUUCUUUCUUUCUUUCUUUCUUUCUUUCUUUCUUUCUUUCUUUCUUUUGUAUUUAUUUAUAUCUAAAGGAGAAUGCCCGAAUUUUCUCGAUCGUAACAGUACACGAUUGUUUGGUAAAAACUAA